AUGCCUCGGAGCGACAAUACUAGCCCUACGGAUUUGACGCAGCAGUACCAGGGUGUAGAGUUGCAGGACUAUGGCAUGUCAUCCCAUCUCAUGGACCAGAGCGGCACAGGCUCGGGCUCACGGGCUGUAACGUCGGUGCAGCAGUCCCCCGAGCCAUCGCAGGAGGAUCUUCAGGGUCACUACAUCGGGCCAGCCUCUGGCGUCUCAUUCCUUCUCAGGGUUCAAAAACGAAUGCAUCAAGCAAUAUCGUUCUCUGGACCAGGAAGCAUCUUUACUUUUGGUGAUGCACCUCUUCAAAACCCUGAUUAUGAUCCAAACUUUUGUAUGAUGCUUCCCAAAGAAGACGCCCAGCGUUUGGUGGAUCGUUACUUCGAUUUUGCUAUGCCGACAUACCGUUUCCUUCACCGACCCACGAUUCAGGAAUGGUUCUCUGAGUUUUAUGAGACGUUGGGUACUAUGCGUGACCCAAAUAAUUCUGCCGCCAAAGUCGCGUUGCUCUUCAUGAUUUUGGCCCAUGCUAGGGUGUACAUGCCAGAGAACGACAGACCCGGACCUUCUGAUCUGAGCUCACGGUAUUACUUGGCAGCUGAACAUCAACUCUCGAAAGAGAGCGGUUCAAUACGACUGACCAGCGUUCAGGCCCGUCUCCUGCAGUGUUACUAUCUCGGAACUCAAUCCCGGGUCAACCACUGCUGGAGUCAAUUUGGUAUCGUUACAAACCUGGCUCUUGCUAUCGGUCUAAAUCGAAAUAAACGACCUGGCAUUAUAAGUGGUCUGAAUCAUAUUGAAGUCGAAAGCCGUCGACGAACCUUCUGGUGCGCAUACACUCUCGAUGCAUAUCUCAGCGUAUCUCUAGGUAGACCACGCAACUUUCACGAUGACGAUAUCGACACGGAGCUUCCGGCCUGUGUUGAUGAUAACGACAUAACUAAGGAUCACAUAAACCUUGCUGCGUCAACGAAAGGCUAUUCGGUUAUGCUUGCUCCACUUGGGCAUAUGAAGCUUGCACGCAUCAUAGGCCAAAUACUGCGUGGUCUCUACUCCGUCAAACCUAUCUCGAUCUCCAGACGCUUAGAAGAAACACAACUCGUCUCUAAGGCCCUCGCAGACUGGCGAGCCGAGUUUUCCCAGUUUCUCGAUGCCGACUACUUCAGUACAUCCUUUCUGGUUCCAAUCGUUCAACGCCAACGCAAUGUUUUGAAUCUAACCUACUGGCAUGCCAUAAUACUGACGCAUCGACAAGCUGUCCUCAACAACUUUGCAAGGAUAUCACGUCAAAAUAGAAGAGGCAGUGAGAAUGAUGCUGCAACUCAAGAGAGUGUGAAAAGGUGCCUUGAAGCUGCCAUCCAAACAGUCGGUCUGAUCGAUGAAAUGACCGACAACGGACAGAUGUUCCGAGCAUUCUGGGUUACGGCAUACUUUGCCUUUACUGCAGCCAUGGUUCUGUACAUCUACGUGAUCCAAAAAUGGGCUUCACCCCCUGAGACAUACAGUGAAUACUUUACAGCUGCAGCUCGAUGCCAAUCUCACAUGUCAACCAUGAUCGAGAAAGGCUCCUUAUCAGAGCGAUACUGUUUCCUGUUGGAAGAAUUACGGGUGGAGGCCUUGCGACAGGUCAAUCGGAUGCAUCCAAACGUAUUUCUGGACGGGCAUGCACAAGACAAUGCUUUUCAGUCCAAUGUCAUACCGAUGGAUACGCCAAGCGACAAGACAUCUUAUACAGACUUGAUGGGCGAGAAUGGGUUGGACUUUAACGGCAUUUCUAGAGUGGAUUUCGAAACGGGUUGGUCCCAAUUUGCAACGAUGGUCUCGUCAGGCUUGGGUAACCUGGAUGCCUUCCUUGAUGAUGAUGUCUUUCGGCUUUAG